AUGUCAGAUUCAGAGAGCAUCAUCGGUGGUGCAAGUGAACGUGAACGUGAAGAAUAUAAUGAUCAAUUGUUCAUGGAGAAACGAGACUUGAUCUUACAAGAUAUUACCAAUACUAUGGAUUCGAUUUUAAACAAUCUGAACGGAUUGAAUAUAUCUCUAGAGAGUUCGAUUGCAUUGGGUUCUCAAUUCGAAUCGGUUUGUGAUCUUUGGAAAACAUUUUAUACUAGUGCACCAAAGGAUGGAAAAUAA